AUGUUAUUUGAAUACAGUUCAAGCUCAGAACCUGCUGAUGAAAAUCCAUACGGAGAAGUUGAUCGAAUGGUUGACGAUUUUGUCACUCAUCCCUUACCAAACACGUUCUUUCCACGAGGUCCUAGACUUCGAAAUGUGAAUGAUACUAUUCCGAUUCCAGCAGAUGGAAACCGUGAAGAAGGGCAUAACCGCUUGUUUAAUGAUUACUUUGCGGAAAAUCCAGUAUAUUCAGACAAGCAGUUUCGUCGAAGGUUUCGAAUGAGAAGACCUUUGUUUUGCCGUAUCAUGAACAAAGUGGUUGAAAAUGAUGUUAUCUUGCAACAGAGAAGAAAUGCUGCCGGAAAAUUAGGGUUAUCAGGAUUGCAAAAAUGCACUGCAACUAUCAGAAUGUUAGCGUAUGGUUUGUCUCCGGAUGCAAUUGAUGAAUAUCUGCGAAUGGGUGAAACAACUUCAAAAAAAUCAUUAUUACAUUUCACUCAAGGGGUAAUCAAGCAUUUUGAAGACGAUUACCUAAGAAGUCCUACAGAUGAAGACUUAAGGAGAAUCAUUUAUUAA